CAAGCCUCGAGACCACCUAUGUACGGCAUAGUACCUACAUAUUCUAUCGCGUGGGUUAUGUACCUCGGCCUUUGCCCUUGCAAUUGACUCCAAAAAACCUUUAGCGCAUAACUAUUCUCAAGAAAGAUUAUUACGUAGUAUAGUUUUCCUUGGGUUGCCGGUAACUACUAGCUAAGCUCAGAAAACUGACGCCAUUGCCGAGAGAACAUACCUUUAACCCCCCCCUACAUAGUACAUCACCUACCCACCUACCCACCUACCCACCUACAUAUCUAGGUACACAUCACAUACCUUCUCGCCCUUCCACAACCGGCAACGUGCCAUAUUCUGUAUUGUAUAAGACUUCUACUAAGACGAGCAAUAAUCAACCAACCCCUUAUUAUACUGCUUCACUCUAGCUUCAGAAGAGAAGCCUCCUACGUCUAUCAAACAUUAAAGACUUACUUAAAGAGCCAAAAUCCAUAAAAUCAGAAUUCAUCAUGCCACCGCUAACUCCACACUGGGACCAGCCGUCACACCCCGAAAUUCAAGAUGUGAUCAUCAAUGAGCAUGAAUUCACAUCCAAAAGUCUUUCCAAGAUCUCCCUCCCCCCUUUCGGCUUAUACGCCAAGUUGGAUUUUCCUCCGUGUACUUUGGCCGAGAUGCCAACGUACGCAACCGUUCAGUGUGGCCAGGACAAGCACUUGAACCUCAAUAGCGACUUGCUAUACAUCAAUCACUCAUGCGAACCAUCACUCAUUUUUGACACGGCCAGUCGUAACGUCAUUGCUGGGCCUAAAGGCCUCCAAGCCGGAGAAGAACUAACCUUCUUUUAUCCGUCGACAGAAUGGAAUAUGGCCCAGCCCUUUGACUGUCUCUGCGGCAAGCCGACCUGUCGCGGCCGCAUCAGCGGUGCUCGGGAUAUGACCCAAGCACAGCUGGAAGGCAUAUGGCUUAACGGACACAUCCACGAGUUGCUUGGAGAAGAGUCUCGCCGAAACGCAGAUCUCAGCAAGGAAUCUGAUCCUGAAAAUGGCAGUAGUACUGUAGCCGCUGAUCCUGCGAUAAAGGGCGUCCCCAUUCAGGAUGCUACUUCUCAAGCACUGAGAGAUACGCUGAACCAUGCCGAGAAGGUGGUCGAGGCUGCGAGGAAUGCUCUCCAAUCCUACCUCUCCUCGGCGAUCCUCGCCAGUCACACAACGGGGGAAAACAGGAAGACCAAUGGUAACACAGCUACCAACGGAGUCACCAAAUCUGGAGUAGCCGAUACUGCCUUGGUCGCCGGACUGACGAGACGGGGCGCAACAUCACGGGAACUGAGCGGCGAGAUGGGCGGCGAUACUAUCGUGGUUUAGGGUGCAUGAAGGACAUCACCAGCAACAUGUCCUUGAUAUUUUUUCUUUGUAUUCUGAAUUCAACAUUCUCAUUUUCCCGAGCCAGCUCUCAACAGCCUGGCUUCAUCUCGAAAACCUCACUCACUCUAUCGCUUACUUGCUUUCAAUCAAGAACAAAACACUUGGAUCUGUAACCUCUAAGAAAAGCAAAAUCUCUUAACAUUUCAAAUAAAACCUACCUGCAUUAA